CUUAGAUUCAACUUAUAAUGAAAUAACGAUGUCGAAAUAUCAUCAUCAUAAUUCAUCGCAUCAAUCGAAACCGGUAUCAUCUAAUGUCGAUUCGACUUUGUUAGAUACUAUUACGGGGAUCUUGACUGAUUCCAAUAUCCCUCAAUUAAUUGAAUUCAUUGAGAAUGAUUCCAUCACUAAAUUAUUAAAUAAUUGGUCUUAUUUCGCUUCGAUUAAUGAUCAUGUUAAAUUCAUUGAUAUUUCAAUAAAGUUAUCCCGAAUCACUCAUCUUAUAAACGUCCAUGGUGGAGAAAGUAAUGACGAGAAGAAAGAGGAUGAAAAUACCAAGAAUGAGAUCGAUGUGGAGCAAAGAUUAUUGAAUAAGAUUAAAUUCGUUAAUUUAAAACCAAAUAUCAUUAAUUUAUAUAAGGAGAUCUUAUCUACUCAUGUUAGAGUUGUUUAUCGUGCUUUGAAUAAUAAUAAACCAGCAUUAACCAAUUCCAAUUUAAGAAUGUUAACCAAUGUCUUAGCUUAUGAUUCCACUAUGGCAAUUGAAUUCUUGAAUGGAUUUGAUCUUACUUUGAAUGUGUUACCUACAUUGUUAGUACCUCCUAAAACAUCAUCAAUUGGUCAGAAUGAUUAUUUAUCUAUCAGAUAUAAUUUCAUUAAGUUUUGGAUUAUGUUGAAUUCUCAAUUAUCUCAUUUCCAUAGAAAAGAUGUUUUAAAUAAUAAUUUCAAAAUUAUGAAUAAUUUAUGGAAAUUUUUAAAUAUCGAUAGUGAACAUAUCAUAAAAUCAUUAGUGGAUUUCAUUACUAAUAAGAUCUUAUUAGAAUCAAACUUUAGAAAAUCGACCAAAUGUAAAAUCUUGAAUGAAAAUUUCUUAUUCAAAUUCCAAUCUAUAUUCAAAAAAUUCGAUUCAAAUCCAUGGUUCAUCACCUUUUUAACUACUUUAGUGCAAGAUCCAACUCAUGGAUUGACUUAUCCUAAUCAUACGUUCUGGUAUAUCAAUCAUAAACAAGAUACAUCGGGUGUUACUAUUCAAAUCAAUAAUAAAUCAUUCAAAAUUAAUAAUAAAUUGUUGUAUAGUUUCUUAACAUCGUUAAAACCAUCUGAAUCUAUCGUUCAAUUGAAUUUCAUCAUCACGAUCUUGAAAUCUAAUCAAGAGUUAAUCCCACCAUAUAUGAAUUGGUUAGUCCAACAUGGUGGAGGAUAUCAUGAUCCAUCCUUGACUUCAUGGUGGAUCACUUAUACUUUAUUAUACUCCAACGUCUUACAAUUAGCCAAUGAGUCUGAGUCUGAUGGUGAUGAUAUUUAUGAUAAGAAAUUUAAUGUGAAAUUGAUGGCAGAGUAUGUGGCGUUAAGCCCAUUGAAUAAACAAAGUUUAACGAAAGGGUUAGAAACUAAUAAAUUAUUAAUUACUCAAUUAUCCUUACAAUUAAUUCAAUUCCAAUUACUUAAAUUAGAAUCAUUAGUGAGUUUAAUUGAUGAUGCUAAAGAUAAACAAAAUUUAAUCGAUUUAGUGGGUGCUUCCCUCCCUGAUAUAUCUGUUCUUAAUCAAGUUUAUGAAAAGUAUAGUAAAGGUGAUGAAUCUAAUAAAUUAAUCAAAUUAACUCUGACCAUGAUCCUUAAUAAAUAUGCCACCUUAUCGUUACAAAGAGAUACAUCCACCACCACCAUUUUAAAACUCGCCAAUAACGGAAUCAAUCAAUUAUUAUCGCUUACGAAUUUAACUAGUAAUUAUGAUUUAUCAUUAUUGGAUUAUUAUUUAUCCAUCCAAUUCACCAAUAAUCAAACUGAAUUCAAAUGGUGGAAUAAAAUAAAUUCAAACUUAUCAUUGUUCACCUUAUUAAUCAAAUUAUUAAUCGUUAAUAAAGAUAGUGCAUCAACUUCAUUGAAUUUGAAAAUUAAGAAUCUUUUACUUAAAUUAACUACUAAUAACAGUUUAUUAUUCAAUCAAACCUUGAUUGAAUCGCCAUUAGUAGCAUUAAUUGAAUCAUUAUCAGUAUCGGAAGUGGUUGAUGAUGAGAAAGUGUGGAAUUUAUUAGAUGAAUCUAUUUCAAGGUCAAUUAGAUCUCCGUACAAGUAUCUUGAUAUCUCUCAUGAGAAAUAUAAUGAUGUGAGUAUUUUUAUCAUUGUGGUGUUUGAACAAUUCAAAUUUGUCAUUGAUAAAGAUGAGGAUACUAAUAAGAACAGAAUUCAAGUUUUGGUAGAAUUCAUUAAAUAUUUAGUCAUUGUCGGUGAAUCAAAAUCUACCCUCUUAAGAUUAUUUGAAGAUUAUGUAAAUACUUCAGAUGAUGUUAAGAAAGUGGUUGAUAAUAGUAAGCUUUUACAAGUCUUAGAGUUCAAUGAAAAGGAAAAUACUACUACUGAUUCAUUCUUAUCAUUCAUUAAUAGUUCUUCAGCAUAUUUAUCUAAGCAUUUAAUAACUCUUGAGAAGAAAAUCCCAACUUCAGAUUUAGAUUUUGGUGGAUUAUUAAAUCGAUUAAAAUUAGUGGUGCAAGAUGAAAAUCAUCAAUAUGAUGCCUUAAUCGUUGAAUUAGUUUCAAAAAUCGGGAAUUAUUUAGUUUCUAAAAAUUCAUCUCCAAAUUUGGUUAAUUAUACCAUUUCUGAAUUAUAUUUGAAGGACUUAAUUAAUCAUACCGAUGGAGUAAUCUCAUCAAAUAAGGUGAAGUUUGCUGAAGUGUUUAAUGAUAUCUUACAGCAGUUGAAUAUCUAUGCAUCCUAUUUAAAUAACUACAGUUUUGAAAAGUUUAAUCAAUCAAUCAGUGAAGGUUUUCAAACUUAUUUGUCCAACUUCUGUUGGUUAUUUACUAAUGAUCAAAUCUCACAGUUAGAAUUAUCAACCUCAAACAAUCAAAUAUUAUUAUUGGAAUUAGGACAAUUGAAUUUAUCAAGAUCUAUUCCUACUUCAUUUUCAUUCUACCGUCAAUUGAAAGCAAUCUCAGAGGAAUCAUUAUUACAAACUAAACAAUCAGUAUUAUCAAAUCUUUUACAAUUGAAUUUAAUUGAUAAUAGCGAAGAGUUCAUUAAGGAGGAAGUUGAAUCUAUCUUAUCGUCCAAAUCUAAAAUCGAUUAUUAUUUAUUGACCAGUUUGAUUAAUUCUCAAGAUGAAAAUGUCAAACAAAACGUCAUUAAAUUAAUCUCCACUUUCAAAUUAGAUGAUAAUGAUGACGAAUUAUUAAUUGUCGUUGCAUCAUCAUUAUCUAAGGAUGAAGGAUUGAAAGAGUUAUUCGAUCAAGCUACUGCACUUGCGAUUAAAUUAUUAAAAUCAAAUUCAAUUGAAUGGACUCAAGCUUUGAAUAUUUUCAUUAAUGGGAUUGAUUCGGUUAAUAAAGAGGAGUUAUUAGAAUUAUUAUUCUCAUAUAUCAAUGAACAUGGAUUUAAAUAUUCUGUGGAUGCCAAAUUCCCUCAAUUAUUAUCAAAGUUAAUUACUUCAACAAUGGAUCAACAAUUCAUUAAUUGGAUCCACAAAUCAAUUUUAUAUAUCACCAAGAAAUUUGCCGAGUUAGAUUCAUUAUCCGCUAAUUUCAAUCAAUUCUUGACUAAUUUCCAAGUCAACAUCGUCAACAAGGUGAAUAUUUGGCAAUUGAUUCCUAAUAACACUUUAAACACUCAGCUUGAAGUAUUAUUAAAUCAUGCUGUUUGGAUUUCAAAUUCAACCUAUUUAUCAUAUAUUAGUGAUUUAGUAUUAUCAGGAAAUAAUAAAUCAAUUGAGUUUGAGAAAUUAUUACAGAUCUUUAUCAACAAUCCAAAUAAUUUAUUAUUAUCAUCCUUACCAAAUGGUUCGAAUGGAAAAAGUAGAUAUUUAUCAUCAUUAAUCAUUUUCAAUUUAUUUAAUUUGGAUAUUACUAUCAAUUCCAAGUCAAUCCAUUUACAAGAUAAGUUAGUAUCAUUUUAUCUCGGAUCUACAAGAUUAGAAGAUUUAGUACUCAAACAGAUUUUAAUUAAAAUUGAAUCAAAGACCAUGAAAUCAUGGAUUAAUAAAGUAUCAAAUUGGGAAAUCAUUGAAGAAAUGUCUAACUCUGAUCUUGAUAUUAUUGGAGGUCAGGAAGAUCGUUUAAUCUUACCUGAAGGCUCAAAUUUCAUUAUUACUUUAAAUAAGAAUUUCAUUAAGAAUUCAAUUAAAGCUACUCCUUCAUCAGUUUCAUUUGAUCUUAACCAUACAUGGUCUGAAAAAGAUUUUGAAACUUAUAGCGCAAAUAAAGAAAACGAUUCAUAUAGUUCUACUGUUUAUGAUUCAGAGUUUUUAUUAAUGCUUAUUAUUAAUAAUGAUGAGUUGGUAAUGGAUAAGGAAGAAUUACUCAAACCGAAAUUCAAUAUUAAAAAAUUGAUUGAUUCCCAUCUUUUACAAUUCAUUGUUAUUCAAUUAUCUCAUCCUAAAGUUGCUUCAAUUGCAAAAAUUUUAUUAAAUGGUAUUUUGAACUCCUUGUCAACUACAGAAGGAGAUGAAGAAAAUAAAGCUGACGCAGAAGCUUUCAAGGACUUGAAUAUUUACAAAGUAUACAUUUCCAAUAUCUUAAACACAUUAAGAAAAGAACAAUCAAAUUCUAUUCCUCAUUUGAUUUAUUACUUCUACUCCAAUUUAAUUCCGAUCUUAUCCAAUCCCGGUAAUUUCUUAUAUGAAAAAUCGUUCAGAUAUGUUUUAUCCAACCCAUAUUUGAAAUCAAAUGAUAUCCCAUUGUAUUCAUCCAUUAUCUUAUCCAAGAUAAAUGAUUCUGAAACCGAAAAUGAUGAAUCAUACUAUAAGCAAAUCAAUUGGUUGAUUGAAAGUUUCAUUGAUGGUACCGUCAAUACUGAAGAUUUGAAUUUAGUCAAAUUUAGAAAUGUGAUUGAAUGGUUAAUGAAUUUAACUAAUUCUCCAUACAUAAGCGUUAAGAUAAAAUAUCUCAUUUUGAAAUAUUUAUAUAUCAUUGAAUCAAUUGAUCAAGGUGCUGAUUUAUUAAUUACAAGAUUUGGAAUAUUAACCAACUUAAAUCAAGUUUUAGAUAAGGUUAAUCAAGAAGAAUAUUCUAAAAGAGAUGAUCUCUUAAAGCAACAAUUGUUGUUGAAUAUUAAACAGGUUAUUUUGAGAUUAGGCGUAGUGGGUGAAUCAAGUAAAAGAAUUAGAGAUUGGACCGGUGAUGACUUACCCCAGUACAUAAAAAGAGUGCAUACCAGUCAUUCAUAGUUUUCAAACUACAUUUUAUAGAAAAUAGUUUAUAGACGAUAAAUAUAUUUAUUUACGUAUAAAUUAAAGACUGUUAAUUGAAG